CUUCUAUUGAAUGUCAAAGCCAAGGAUAAUUGGCGAAUUAGCCAUUGUCGCUUAUAAAGCAGUAAGAUACUUUAAUAUUACCUUGUAUAGAAUAAACUAACUCAAUAAGCAAUUAGCGAGAUCUACCCAAUCGCGAAGUACACAGAUGCAACUCUUGGCAAAUAAAAAGCUGGACUCAUCUCUUUCUCUUUUUAUGUAUAAUAGAUUGUUGGUAAACAAGACCCCUUUGUCGUAUUUCGCUUGGGCGAAAAUUUAAGAAAGACAAAGACUGACUAUAGAGGUGGCCAACAUCCUCUUUGGGAUGAUCAGGUCAACAUGCCUGUUCCUGAAAAGAAGAAGAUGAUGGUUGUUCAAAUCUAUGAUGAAGAUUCAAAAAGAGAGGAGUUGAUUUCCGAGUGUGAUUUGGAUAUAUCUAAGGUGUUAGAAGAAGGAGAACAUGAUGGCUGGUUUCCUUUACAGUACAAAGGCCGACCUGCUGGUGAAAUUUAUUUAGAAAUGACAUUUUAUUCUGCGGCUCCACCACCAAAAAGACAGCCCACCCGUUAUGGAAUGCGACCCAAGCAACACGGAGGAUAUGCUCCUCCUGUACCCAACGUUGGUCACCCAGCACAGCAUUAUCCUUACCACCCAACGCAACCAUCCAAUGCUAGACCACUUCCACCUGCCCCUGCUGAAUCACAUUCAACGCCUACAAGUCACCUUGGUCAAUAUCCACCAACGCAUCCAUCUGUACCGCCAUCUAUACAACCAUCUCCCUAUACUGGUGCUUAUCCUCCACCUGCACCAACGUCUUCUAUGUCGUCGGGUUCUCAGCCUCCAUCUGGUAGACCUGCAUCAUACACUGGUCCUCAAAGCGUCAAUCAUAUCAAUAGACCUACUUCCCCACCUGCCGCCACACCUAAUCCAAACAGUCAUUUGGCUCCUGGUGCUGGACAUGCUCCUCUCUUGUCUUCGCCCUACAACCCCUCUGCCACUAUUAGUUCGGGUGCGUCCUCUCACUCUAAUUAUGGUUACCCACCUUCUAAUCAUGGAGGCUAUCCACCUUAUUCAAACAACAACAAUAACAAUAACAGAAAUAGCUAUCCUCCACAGACAAACAGCCCUUAUCCACCCUAUCCACCUUCCAGCAACCAAUUCCACAGGUUUCCUGAGCCCCAACAAUUUCCUCACGGUGGCGGUUAUCCUCCUCAGCAAGCCGAUCCAUUGGGAACACCAUUUGCUGCUCAUCAAGGAAGCUUUUAUUCACCUAAUCCAGGAAAUUACCCUCCUCGUCCUUAUCCUCCUCAACAUCAAAACAUGGGCGGAUACCCUCCACAGCAUUCCAACAAUGGAUAUCCACCUUAUUAAAAAAAAAAAGGAGCAAUCUGAAGUAGUUUAUUAUUAUAUUAUU